AUGGACAUGGAGCAAAGUAGUUUGAAAUCAUUAAUUAUAUGUUCGUACGAAGGUGAGCAUCAUGUAAUUGGUUUAGAAGAGGGCGCCACGCUGGAGGAUCUUUACCGGAAUCUAUCGAAAAGAUGGAAUAAGGUGAGUGUUGAGGCGGUAAAAGUCCAAUAUAUUGCACCUAUUCAGAAAAGCUACGCGACUUUAUUGUGUGAUGAUAAUGUCGCCAAUAUGUGGAGAAUGCAUAUCUUGUUAAAGGUAAUGGGUGAGGCCGAAUGUUCGGGAUUGAACGAAGAUGGCGCAUGUGGUAUCUUUAUUCCUGACGAAAGUACUAGUCUAAUUGCAAUGCAGAGAUGCAUUGUCGGGGAAGGUCAGACAUUUAAGGGACCGCAAGAGUUUAGAAAGUUAUUGAAGAAUUAUUUUAUUGCUACUCAGAAACAGUUCAAGUACCAAAAGAAUGAUUCGAGCAAAAUUAUUGCGGUGUGCAUCGACAAAGGCUGUGGUUGGCGUGUUUAUGUAUCCUUCCAUGCUCGUGAUGCGCCAUUCAGCAUUCGUAAGUGCAAUUUACAUCACACAUGUACUCUGAAUCUAUUGCAAUCAAGAGAUCAUCCAGCAGCCGAUGCGAACUGGAUUUCUGAAGUCUACAAAGAUAAAAUGCGCUCUAUGCCAGCGUAUAAGGCAUCCGACGUCCGGGAGCAUAUUCAAACAGAUUAUGGGAUUGACGUGAAAUAUCAUAAAGCAUGGCGUGGCAAGGAGAAUGCGAUAAGAGCAAUUAAUAGUGGAGGUAGAGACAGUUUCUCACAACUUCCGUGGUAUUGUCAUGCACUUCGGGAGUCAAAUCCGAGAAGUAUUAUAGAUUGUGAAGUUGAGCAGGCAACCAAACAUUUCCAGCGCCUUUUUGUUUGUUUAGGUGCAUGCCGGAUGGGUUUUUUGAAGGGUUGCAGGCCCCUACUCUUUCUUGAUGGGACGCAUAUACAAAACAAACACAAAGGGUGUUUGCUAAGUGCAAUCGCAGUGGAUGGGGAGGAUGGGAUGUUUACUUUAGCAUUUUCUGCUACGUAA